AUGGCAACGGCCUCAGUGUACACUUGGCUAGUCACAGGGUCGUCUCGUGGCAUUGGCCUCGAGAUUGUGCGCCAACUCAGCUUGAUCCCCGAGAAUGUGAUUAUUGCGACCUGCCGAACACCCGACAAAGCGGAGACGCUGAUGGAGCUCAAAGCUCAAGCGAAGGGCCAACUUCACGUUGUCAAGCUCGACGUCAGUGAUGAAUCUUCGAUCAAGGGCGUAGCACAGGCAGCGAGGGAGAUCGUGGGCGACAAGGGCCUUGACUACCUCAUCAACAAUGCUGCUGUCAACGAAGGAGAUGUCCCCGCCUUCAAGAUGGCCAUACCGGUCUUGAUAAAUACCUUCCGAGACAACGUUGCCGGUCCGGCGGCCCUCAGCCAACAGCUUCUGCCACUUAUUGAGAAGAGCAGACGCAGAACCAUCGCCCAUCUUACAUCCGGUCUUGCUAGCUUCGGUCUGAACUUCGGAGGGAAGAAUCCAAGCUACACAAUCAGCAAGACCGCUCUCAACAUGCUGGCAUCCGCGGAACGGCCCGAUCUGAUUGUGUUUGUCGUCGAUCCGGGCUGGGUGAAGACAGAUAUGGGCGGCCAGAACGCCAUGCUGGAGCCUCAAGAUAGCGUUUCAGACCUCAUCAAGCUCUUCACGUCAGCGGGGUCCCAACACUCAGGCAAAUUUUUCAAUCAUCGGGGCGAAGUCCAGCCGUGGUAA